AUGGGCAAGUUCUCAAAAAUCAAGAAGGUUCAACAGGAGGAGUCGGCUCAGGAGAAGAUGGAAUGGGAAGCCGCUGGAGCCAAGGAGUCCAGUGAUGAUUCGUCAGACGAAUCGGACGACGAACAAGUGCCGCAAAAACAGACAGAAGAGACACGCAAACGUGCUGAGCUCUGGACAAAUCGCGAGAGAGUUCUCGUUUUGUGCUCUCGCGGAGCCGAUGUUCGUACUCGUUACCUGAUGAAAGAUAUCAAGGAUCUGUUGCCUCACGCGAAGGGAGACUCGAAAUUGGAUCAACAGAAAUCACUGAAAGCACUCAACGAGAUUGCUGAAAUGAAGAAUUGCACGAAAGUGAUGUAUUUCGAGAGUCGAAAGAGAAAAGACACGUAUCUUUGGAUGUCGAAUGUGGAAAAGGGACCGUCGAUCAAGUUUCUCGUUCACAAUGUUCAUACGAUGAAAGAACUGAAAAUGUCUGGAAAUUGUUUGAAGGCGUCGAGACCCGUGUUGUCGUUCGACGACGCUUUCGAGCAGAAACCACACUUGAAAUUGAUCAAGGAGGUUCUUAUGCAGACCCUCGGCACCCCACACCAUCAUCCACGCAGUCAACCAUUCGUCGAUCACGUCUUCAAUUUCUCCGUCGGAGAGGGCGACAAAAUCUGGUUCCGUAACUUCCAGAUCGUCGACGAGAGUCUUCAGUUGCAGGAAGUUGGACCGCGUUUCGUGCUUGAAAUGGUCCGUCUGUUCGCCGGUUCAUUCGAGGGAGCCGUCCUCUACGAUAACCCGAAUUACGUGUCUCCAAAUGUGAUCCGUCGUGAGCAUCGUAAGGGACAACACGCCUACAUUGAGAAGCAGUUGGCACUCAAAGCGUCGAAUAUCAAACAAGCGAAAGUCACCGAGAUUCUCGCUGAGAAGACGGUCGAUUUGGUUGGAAAGUCCUCAUCAAAAAUCGAAACGAUGAAUUCCGCGAAUAAUGGAAUGUUCUGCCCCGCAUGCGCGGUUAACAUCGAUGACGUCCGACACGUGUACUGGCAUUUCCGUUAUCGUCGUUUCCCUUGCGGUGAGCAGGGAUGUCGACGUGAAUUCUACACGGAGAUCGAGAGGACAGCUCACGCCACCCGAACCCAGCACCAGGAAUCGUUCAGGAUCAUUCGAGUCCCGUACCUCGACAAGCGUGUCAGGAAGAUGAUCAACGACGCGAAGAGAUUGUUCAGAAGAAGAGCGGCGGCAGCAGCCGCGCCAUGA